UCAUAUGUCGACCACUGUUGUCAACGUAGUGCCAUGUCUUUGAUUUGCAAAUCAUAUGAUUAGCAGGGCGUCUUCGUUUAGCACAAAACAAUAGCUGUUUGCGAUAUUUUGUAUUGUUUUACGUUUUUAACAUUUUAGAAUGUGUAACGGAUGUGUUCAUAAAGAGUAUCCUGACCGGGGCAACACCUGUCUGGAAGAUGGCUCCUACCUGAUGAACUACCUGGGCUGUGCCAGCUGCCAUCAGAGAGACUUUGUCCUCAUCAGCAAUAAGAGCACCGAGGACGAUGACGGAGAGGAGAUCGUCACAUAUGACCACGUUUGUAAAACCUGCGACCAUGUUGUGGCCAGACACGAGUACACGUUUUCAGUCGUGGAUGAAUAUCAGGAAUACACGAUGCUCUGCAUGCUGUGCGGGAAAGCGGAGGACUCCAUAAGCGUGCUGCCGGAUGACCCCAGACAGUCCAGUCUUUUUUAGUUCCAAAGAUUUCACCAAGUUUCUGAGCGCACUAUAUUUCUAUAUGUCAUAUUUGUAUUUUAAUGUUUUUUCAGACUAGUGCAGGUGCAGAUCUCCCGCGCAGGAAAUCUUUAUAUAACUUAUAUGCGAUGAAACAUUUCAGAUAAAAGGUCAAAUAAAGUGAAUGUUUUUCGCCCAUGUCAGGAGAAUAUGAGACCCAAAUUUAUCAUCCUUUCAAUGUUACCCAGAAUGCUCACUUUGGACAGGAAGCACAAGUAUUAGUCACGAGAGAAGGUAGAAAUCUGUAACUGAGUUAGCGGAGAUACUACUAAAUAAAGUGCUAAAUCAUCCAGUCGAGUCAUGUUGGCUUGUCUAUAUUGUAUUUCAUGAUUAGAAGCAGUUCAAUAAAAAUGCGCAGACUGUACAAAUGAACAAUAAAAAUAAAAAAAAUGUUCAUGCAGUUCAACAAUACUGAACGAUGAGUGCACUUACAGAU